AUGGCUCAUCCUGAGAUUAAAUUCUAUUGGGCACCUGGCGCUUGCUCUUUAUGCCCUCAUGUUCUUCUGUUCGAAACUGGAGUUUCUUUUGAAUCAAUUGCCAACUUAAUCACAAAAGAGACGGUAGAAUUUACUCAAAACUUCUCUUCCAUAAAUCCCAAGAUGCGUGUUCCAGUACUCUCACUUGAGGGUGAAAAUAUUACAGAGGUUCCUGCUAUUGCGACAGCGAUAUCUUCAUUUGCUCCGGAACUGCAUCUUUUAGGGCGAACAACAAUGGAAACAAUAAGAGUGUAUGAAUGGAUGAAUUGGCUUAGCGGAACAUUGCAUGCUCAUGCAUUCGGUGGCCUAUUAAGACCGGAGAGAAUGAGUGAUGAAAAAGCAGCAUUGCCGGUCGGAGGUGCAUUCACAGUCGUCGGUUCGUAUCUUUUCGUGUUCCAUCGUUGGGGAGAAGGACAUGGCUUGGAUAUGAAGAGAGCGUAUCCGAAAUACACAGCGCUUGUGGAGAAUCUGGUGAAUCGUCCUUCUGUCCAGAAGGUCUUGGAGCUCGAAAAGUCGCAGGUCGAUUUAUAG